GAUUAAUUAGAUAUUAAUCAUCUCAUAAAUAAGUGUUUUUACCCCUUAAUUUUUUAUUAUCCUCAUGGAACCUUUUCUAGAAGGCAAGACUAUUUUCAUUACUGGUGCCACCGGAUUUCUUGCAAAGAUUCUCGUAGAGAAGAUACUUCGAAUUCAACCAAAUGUGAGAAAAUUAUUUCUUCUAGUAAGAGCUUCAGACACAAAAUCUGCCAGAAAACGUUUUAAUGAAGAGGUUAUGCAGACUGAAUUGUUUAGUGUUCUAAGAGAAAAAAUAGGUGCAAAUAACCUAAAUUCUCUUAUAAAAGAGAAAGUAUUUCCAAUUGUUGGUGACAUUUCAUUAGAGGAUUUUGGAAUUGAAAAUUCAGAGAUGUUUAAAGAAAUUGACAUAAUUAUAAACUCAGCAGCAACUACUAGAUUUGAUGAGAGAUAUGAUAUUGCAAUGAAUAUUAAUGUUCUAGGUGCCUUCAAUGUCCUCAAGUUUGCUAAAAAAUGUGCAAAUGUGAAAAUUCUUGUCCAUGUAUCCACUGCAUAUGUUUGUGGGGAAGGUGAAGGAGUAAUACCAGAAAAAUCAUUUGCUUUGGGAGAAACACUCAACAAAAACACAAAAUUAGAGAUUGAUGUGGAGAGGAAAGUGAUAGAGGAAAAACUCAAAGAACUUGAAGAUCAAAACUUGACUACAAAGGAAGUGACAAUAGCCAUGAGAGAUCUAGGCAUUCAAAGGGCAAAUUUGCAUGGGUGGCCAAACACAUAUUCCUUCACAAAGGCAAUGGGAGAAAUGCUUUUAGGACACUAUAAGGAAGAUCUACGACUUGUUAUAAUACGUCCAACGAUUAUUACUAGCACUUAUAAAGAGCCAUUUCCGGGAUGGAUUGAAGGAGUGAAAACUGUGGAUUCAUUUAUUUUAGGAUAUGGUAAAGGAGUACUGAAUUUUUGCUUUGGUGACCCAAAUACAAUACUUGACAUGAUUCCAGGUGAUAUGGUGGUGAACUCAAUACUUUCCUCAAUUAUAACACAUAUUGGAAAUGAUCAACAUUAUCCUUCUCAAGAAUUAAUAUAUCAUAUAAGUUCUUCGAAAAUAAAUCCCAUAAAAUCUUUAGAUAUUCAAUCGUUUUUAUUUCAUUACUUCACAAAAAAUCCAUGGAUGAACAAAAAUGGAAACAUCAUCAAAGUGGGGAAGGCUACACUAUUUAGUAGCAUGGAUAGCUUUCAAAAAUACAUCUCAACCUAUUAUUGGCCAUUAUUAAAGGUUUUAGAGUUGGCAAAUGUAUUAUUAUGGCAUCGUUUAGACAAAACCUAUAAGGAUUUGAAAAGGAAGAUUGAUAUGGCUAUACGUUUAUCUGAACUAUACAAACCUUACUUGCUUUUCCAUGGAAGCUUUGAUGAUGCUAAUACUGAGAAAUUGAGAAUGGCAAUGAAAGAACACAAGAUGGAUGAUGUGCUCAACUUUGAUCCAAGUUGCAUUAAUUGGGAAGAUUAUUUCAUGAACACUCACCUUCCUGGUGCUGUUAAUCACAUUUUCUAGGGAUUAAUUUUAUAUUC